GAAUUUGUUUGUGUUGGCAAUCAGAAUUGAAACAUUUACAGCUGGUAAACUGGGAAACGCUGUAGACUGUGGAGAAAAUGGCCGUCUUUCAGCUCUGUGAGCCUUUCUGUGGAACAUUACCCACCAGAUGCUGAAUUGGGUGCCUCCAAGGCUGGUGUUUGGAAUGCUCUAUCCUGCAUAUUAUUCAUACAAAGCUGUGAAAACGAAAAACGUAAAGGAAUAUGUUCGGUGGAUGAUGUACUGGAUUGUGUUCGCGCUCUAUACUGUGAUUGAAACCAUAACAGAUCAAACAGUUGCUUGGUUUCCCCUGUACUAUGAGCUGAAGAUUGCUUUUGUCAUAUGGCUGCUCUCUCCCUAUACCAAAGGAGCAAGUCUAAUAUAUAGAAAAUUCCUUCAUCCACUUCUUUCUUCAAAAGAAAGGGAGAUUGAUGAUUACAUUGUACAAGCAAAGGAACGAGGCUAUGAGACUAUGGUAAACUUUGGACGGCAAGGUUUAAACUUAGCAGCUACAGCUGCCGUCACUGCAGCAGUCAAGAGUCAAGGAGCAAUAACUGAACGUUUAAGAAGUUUCAGUAUGCAUGAUUUAACAGCUAUCCAAGGUGAUGAGCCUGUGGGACAAAGACCAUAUCAGCCUUUACCAGAAGCAAAAAAGAAGAGUAAACCAGCCCCCAGUGAAUCAGCAGGGUAUGGAAUUCCACCUAAAGAUGGAGAUGAAAAAACAGAUGAAGAAGCCGAUGGGCCAUAUUCCGAAGAUGAGAUGUUAACACACAAAGGGCUUCGAAGAUCACAAAGCAUGAAAUCUGUGAAAACUGUCAAAGGCCGCAAGGAGGUGCGGUAUGGGUCACUAAAAUAUAGGGUGAAGAAGAGACCACAGGUGUAUUUUUAGUCACCUAUACUUCAAAUAUCCCAAGACAAAUUACGCUACACAUUAACUUCCUUGUCUGACAGGAACUAUUCAGGAUUCACACAUUAAAACAAUUCUUUAAAUUACAUCAGUGAUAGGAUUUACUUUGAUGAAUUUAAACAGUUAUUAUUUCUUUAAUAAUUUCUUCCAAAUAUUGACUACUAGAGUAGUUAUGCAAAGUCUGUUUGUGCAUAUAUAAUAUCAGAAAUUAUGAAAAAAUUGAGUUAUCUGUUUUCAAAUUCGCGGACAACAUUGAGUGCCUGAAAUAUAACACAAACCCACAGUUUACUUGAAAAGAGUCUUUUUAAGGUUCAGGAUACAUCAGCCUUUGUGAUGUUGAAUUGCAUUUACCUCCAUUUAUGUUGUAUCUGUCACUUAAGGGUAGUUAUUAACUAGCCCUCUGAUCCUGCAGUGAUAUAACAAGAACAUAAUUAAUGUAAGAUAAUAAAGUAUGUUUUAUAUAUUUACAUUUAUACUUUCAUAAUACUUUCUAACUUCCACCAUUAACUGAAAAUUUUUGAAACAAUAUUUGAAAACCAGGUAUUCACAUAGCACUUUUUUUCCUAACUAGUUUUGCACACUUGAAAAUUGUUUACUUAUUUUACAGCUGUACAUUUACUUUUAAUUUUUUUUUAUUGCAUUUUUGUCAUAAGGCAUGUC